CAUCCCUCCUCGAACAAACCAACCUGGAGCUUGAGCUUCGUUUUCCAAACGACGCUGUCGUCUCCAUGGGGACAUACUCACACAGAGAGCUGAACCACCUCUCUGCCAAGAAGCGAAAAAUAAGAGAACACACACGACCACUCACUCUCAGCCACCAUUGUCUGUUUACUGAGUGAAAAUUGUUCCGCCAUCUCAGCCUGUGCAUGAAGGAUUGAAUGGCUCUCUGUCGACUAACUGGACAAUAGACUGCCUGUUCGCUUUUCUCUCGGUGUAUUCCUUCCUGGGUGUCGGAACUUGCCACUGAUCUUGAUGGCUGGGCACCAGUGGGAUGACUGGUUCGAGAGGGAAGAAUUCAUCGGACACAUCAGCGACAUGCGAGUGCAGAACCUCCAAGUUGAGAGAGAAGUGGUUCAGAAGAGGACCUUUACUCGAUGGAUGAAUCUACAUUUAGAAAAGUGUAAUCCACCAAUUGAAGUUCAAGACCUUUUCCAAGAUAUUCAGGAUGGACGUAUCCUCAUGGCUCUUCUGGAGGAGCUCUCUGGGUGCAAGCUGCUUCAGGGGUUCAAGAAAUCAUCCCAUCGAAUCUUCAGAAUUAACAAUAUUACCCAAGUUUUAUCUUUUCUUGAGGAGCGAAAUGUAAGGCUCGUCAGCAUUGACGCUGCUGAUGUUGUCGAUGGAAACACAUCCGUCAUCCUGGGACUAAUCUGGAACAUCAUUCUCUUCUUCCAGAUUAAGGAGUUGACUGGCAACAUACGGAGCCAGUUCCCCUCAACCUCCACCUUGUCAUCUACACCUACCAGCUCUGACCUAUCCAAUGGCAACACAUCGUUGGCCGGAAGGCAUAUGGCAGCCGCAACCACAAGAGAACAUAGCAAAGCCUUCAAAAAACUGCUGCAGUGGGUACAGAAACAAACACGCAAGUAUGGUGUGGCAAUACAGGACUUUGGGAAGAGUUGGACAAGUGGUCUUGCUUUCCUUGCAGUCAUCAAGUCCAUCGACCCCAGCCUGGUAGAUAUGAGGAGGGCCUUGCUAAGAAGUGCACAAGAAAAUCUGGACGAUGCAUUCAGGAUUGCCCAUUACUGUUUGGGUAUCCCGCGCCUCCUGGAGCCUGAAGAUGUGACGACCAAUGCGCCAGACGAACAGUCCAUCAUGACAUAUGUAUCACAGUUCCUUGAGCACUUCCCUGGCAUAGAUGAGGUACAGAACACUGAACAUCAAAAUGAGCCUAACCCUUUCAUCGAAAGGAGUAUCUCUGUGGAUCGACUCGGCUUCUGUGAGCCUGACCGUGCGACCCUGACUCAUAGCAUUGUGAAAGAGAGAUGCCUCAUGUUCCAGAAGGACUGUCCACAACCCCCACCCCACAUAUUAUGUUCUUUUGUGUCAGAAGACAAAGGGAACAGUUCACCAUCCAUUCAUCCAACAAUAUCUUGUACGUGGCUUAGUGAAGACUCCUUUGCUGAUUCCACCUGCAUGAAAGACAACUUAAAUAGGACGGAAGAAAAUGUUGAACCCCCAGAAGAAGUCAUAUCCCAGAUAACCCCUAACUCCCUACAAUUAACCCAAAGUCACUCUCGCUUUGACUCGCCGUUGCUCGAGUUGAAGAAAACGGAAUCUGUCAAGGACGAUUCUGCUAUCAGCUCUCCAGAUUCUUGGGUAGAGAGUGAUGAUGGAGUAGUUCCUGUGAAAUGUUGUCAGAGUCUAAGUCGAAGUUCAUCGUGUGAUUGGGAUAUGGACUGCGCAACCCAUGUGCACAUUUCUUCUUUUGAUGAAGGAUCUGUUCCCAUUCCAUGUGAACUUCCAGAUGACCAGUUCAUUACAGACUCAUGUAUAGAUGAAGGUAUUUUUUCACUUAACUCUGAUGAUACACAGGGCAAAGUCCUUGGAAAGGAAAUCGAACAAAAAGAUUCCAAGGAAGUUGCAGAAAAGGAGGAGGAAGAUUUCAAGAACCAAAGCAAAGUCUUUUUUCCAAAAGUUAUAUUGGAAACUUCAAACGAAAACAGAGAUUGUCAGGUUCGAUGGACUGAUGCUCAUCAUUUGCUUCAAGUGAAAGCAUCCACAGAGGAAAAACUUCCAGUAAAAACAACAUCAUUAUCUGGAUCUGACUCUCAAGAAACCGGUGAUGCUACCAUAUCCGGUGCACAUCCACAAACUGAACCACAACUCUGUUCGAAUGAAGAGCUUUCAGAGUCAUUUAGUGUGGCAACAAGUCCUUGUGAAGAACAGGGAUGUUUGAAGCAAGCCGCGGACCGUGUGACGAAUUCACAGAUUGGUGAAAAAAUAAUUGAUCAUCAAACUGACAAAAGAGUUGAAGUGGAAAAUGAAUGUUACAAAAUAGAUUGUCAGUCGAAACAAAUGGGUCCAAAUUCUUUUGUGAAAGAUGAAGAUGGCGAUGAGCCCUUAAGUGCCCCCUGUGACACAGAAAAAUAUAUGUCCGCUGGAGAUGCCCACCAAUUGGAAAGUGAUAAAACCAACCAAGCCCUGUGCUAUAACAAAAGUGACUUGGAAUCAUACUCUCACCAGCAACUUGAGCAGCAGUCUAGUGGUGUAACAUGCAGUGAUGAUAAGAUUUUUUUCAAGAAAACUACGGACCAUGCAACUGAUUCACAAGUCAUUGAAAGGCAGUUCUACUGUCAGCAAAGUCUUGGAGAGGUAAAUGUUGAUACAUUCUUUUUCCAACGGAAUGACUUCAAGAAAACAGUGUGUUCAUUGCGGGACAAAAGAAAGGAGGAGGCCACAGAAAAACCAAAUAAAUCAAUUGAUGUGGAUGAAAGAUAUUGGCCAGAUCUUCAAGUAAAGUUGGAAUCAAACACCCAAGAAGGAGAUCCGAAAAUAAGAACAGACCAGAUAGCAGGUUGUCCUGUGAAUACAGAGGACAUGUCCUCAGCUUCUCAAGCAGCCAGACACCAAAAUGAACAAAAUGAGCCUCCACAGAAAUAUCAGAAAAUCGACUUGUGUAAUGACCCACUUGGUACAUCCAAGGAAAUCAAUGAUUUUUCCACAGACCCCAGUCAAGGAUGUGACUCUAUCGAGAGUUUGAAUUGUUUUUACCCAAACAGAGAGGAAGCCCUGUUUACAGAGCCACUUAAUACUCAAAUGCAGAGCUGGCCAUUGGUUUUGAGUUUAUCACCGCUUAAGCCAGCUCCAGCUUCUGAGACAGUACCUCAAGAUAAGCCACUUUAUUUGAUGGAUGAAGACGUUGCGAAGUUGUUGAAUGAAGACAGCAAGGUAAUGACUGAGAUCAAACAUAAGACUUGCAGCAGAUCUGAACUCAAAGGACUGUGCCAGUUGCCUGGGGGGCAAAUCACAGACCUUACAAAAAGUGUUUUCCCACCUGACUGCAGUGAUCUAAGUGAGGCUCAGCAAAAUACCCAAGACCCUUCCAGGGAAAACACAGAGACUAUGAGAGACGGCACAAAAAUUCCCAGUGUGAUUGAAAUUCCGAUCCCUCCAGUCCUGCGUCAAAGGAGGGGAAUUUAUUUCUCUCAGAGCAACCAGAUGACCGUGAGGACAUUUUCAAGAAAAUAUAAGAAUGGUGACUCUGAAUUUUGCUGGAGUGGGAGCUGGGAGCCUUAUCUGCUGUUUGUUCUCUGGCUGCUGCUCUACUGCUUAUGGCUGUUGCCACAAAUGGACCUGAAGACUUUGCCGAGUCUGCUGUUCAACAUCAACCACUGAAGACACUCAACCCUCACGCGCGUGUGCACACACACACACACAAAUACACACUUCUUGUUCUGUUUGGAUUAAGAAAAACUAUAUAUAUCCUGCGCAGCGUUGUUUUGUAGCCUUACUCAACUAAGUGAAUGCAUUUGACAAGCUGUUUUCUUAGUUGGCUUUUGAGCUGGCACAAAAAUGAAUGGCUUUUCAGUUCUCACUGCAACUUUUGUUGUAAAAUAAUAACUGUAGUUUUGAGUCUUACUGCCAUUGAAUGAUUGUUAUCCGAUUUUUAUUUUUCCACAGAAUAUUAAUAAUUAUGGCAACUGUGAUUCAUCUUCAAGUCCCGGUGGAACCUAGGACAACAUCACCAUGUUAAAUGAUCGUGUUACAAUGACACAUUCUAAUAAUAUGAGAGCAUACUGAAGUAUUCUGCCUAUUUUUACAAGCUGCAUUACCAGAUGAGAGAGAAUGAGAUUGUAAAUAGAAAGAUGAGUUUCCAAAUGCGAUAGAUAUUUUGAUUACAAAAUCUAUAUAUAAAGUCUAGAGCAAAACAAAAAGUAGUUUAAUUUAUUUGUUAAUAUGUCUGUGGAGCAGUAUUGGGGCUAAGAGGAGAUUGAGCCAUAGUGCUGAGGAUGAAGUGGAAGCCAGAUCUGCAUAAUGUUUCCAGUGCUCUGUUCAGGCCAGUCACGUUCUUCCACUUCGGCUAAAAAAAAAUUAAAAAAAAUGCUUUUACUGUACGAAAGGGAAUUUGUUUAUCUGUCACUGCCCUGGCAACACCAAAUCACAUUAUUAAUUGGUCUAGAAUAUUGAAAUUUUAUUGGUACUUUCACCUCUCGUUCAAGCUUCGAAACUAGCACACAGCUGCGUGGUGAUGUUAUGUUCUAAAUGCUACUGCAUGCUUCAAAGAUCAGUCAAUAACAAUAGUGAGUGUCGUUAUUCUAUUGAUUACUUUUGUUUAUACCGGCACAUUUAUCUGGUGACUUUGCUUCGUAUUCAGCUGACAAAGAGGAUGUUUACUGCUCUAAAUUUGUAUUUAGCACAAUGGCUUUGAAGCAAAUUACAAUGGUUCUGACUCAUGUCAGUCAACGGAGCUGAAGCAGGAUUGUUUGUUGUUGUGGUGGUUUUUUUAUUCCACAUAUGUAAAAAUGGAAUUACAAACCCCUAUUCCAAUGAAGCAUGUAGUGGUCAAACAUUCUGUAAAAUGUCAAAACAAAAUACAGUGAUUUGCUUAUCCUUAAAAAAAAAGGUCACAGAAAGUAGACUAUUCUCGGUGUAAAAACUGUCACAUCUCCAUUUUUGUGCUGGCGCAAGUCUACUUUAUGGUGGUUUUUCAAUUUGGUACUGCGUAUUACUUGGUGUUCUGGGGACCAAAAGUGUCUUCUAUAACACGGCCCCCGGUGCAUCACACAAAGUAGACUGGAUUUUAGACUCGGUUAAAAGUAUGUCUAACUCCUGGGGGAAGUGGGGUAACACAAUUUUUACGGAUUGGCACUCCGCGGACAUGAGUGGUGGAUAUCACAGGAUUUCAUUCAUAAUUAUGGCAAGAGCUUGGACAGUUCCUCUGAAUCAUUGCAGAAAUGAAUUCAUUGAAUGAAUUAUAAAAAUUCCCAUCUUUAAAAAAAAAAAAAAAGCACGGCUCAUAGGACCCCUGUCACUCUGGGUCGUACACGGACACACAGACAGUCGUGGGUGCAAGCUGGUCUCCAAUCGCCCACAUCACAUGCAGGGCCGGCGACAUCAUCUUGCAGUUUACCUGCCAAUAUCAUGCACAGAUCCGAGUGAGUCAAUUUCUGCUUCUGUAAUGUCAGCCAUGGCACACUCAAGCAGACUGCGUUUUGACCAACUUGAUCUUAGUGCAAAUGAGGCAUGCCGCCAAAAGGCUACUUCAACUCACAAAGGCGCACAAAGGCACAUUGUUAUGCUCAGUUCGACCCGUGCAUAGUCUUGCAAAAUACCAAAAGAAAGAAAAUCACCCUGGGGCACAGUUAGACUUGCGCUUUGCGCUAGAAAUGAAAAUAGGGCCCCAUAUAUUACAGUAGCAGCACCCAAAAAUACAGCCCGCUUCUUUGGGCCCAAACCCAUCUGAGAUGAACUGACACCAAGUGAAAAUGUGUGCUGUGAUGAUCUGACGAGUGCACGUUUCAAAUUGUUUUGGGACAUCACAUCUUCUGCUGCAAAUAGGAAAAGGACCAUCUGGAUUUUAAUCUAUGCAAAGUUCAAAGCUAGCAUCGGUGAUGGUAUGGUGGUGUGUUACCACUUGCAUUAGUAACUUCUGUGAAGGCAGCAUUAAGGCUGAAAGAUAGCCAUGGGUUUUGGAGCAACAUACGCUACCAUUAGAGCAAUUUUUUUCAGGGACUUAUUUGUGCAAGAAAAUUCCAAGCCAUAUUCUGCAUGUGUUACAACAGAGUGGCUUCAGAGUAAAACUGUACUAGAAUGAACUGCCAGCAGUCCAGACCUUUCAUCCUUUGAACACAUGUGGCACGUUAUGAAACGCAAAAUGUAACCACGAAGAUCCUGGAUUGUUGAGCAAAUGAAGCCGCACAUCAAGCAAGUGCCAAUCGUCUACAACAUUUUCAACAAUUAGUGUCCUCAGUUUACAAACACUUAUUGAGGGUAGUUAAAGGAGAGGUGAUGUAACACAGUUUUUGGGGGGAAUGGGUGGCACACAUAAAAUUCACAAUGAGUGAAUAUUUGCAAAAAAAGGAAA